UCAACGGUCGCAAUGUUUGAUCUCAUGUUUUAGCUCUUUGAACUCCUUAUUUCUUAGAUUGAUUUCCCUAAAUAGACACACAACGGAUUUACAAGAAGGUUUUCAAGGGAGAUUUCAUAUGAAAUCAUGUCACAAAAACAUGUCAUGUUCAAUCCUGUGACACCAGAUGUAUCCCCGCCACAUAGUGGAAUGUCACAACUUGUGUCGUCACAUCAACAAGAGGAUAGUAGCAACCAUUCAAAGUUUAACUUGGAUGUCACUGGUGAUGUUAGUGCUGUAACUAGUGUAGACAUCCAAGAAAUGGAGAAUGUCAGAAAUCACAUACAGAAUAUGAUGAAGACAUCUAAAGGUUUUGAUAUUGAGAAUGAAUAUGAAGAGACAGUAGAGGGAGAUGACAAGGGAGAUGYUGCAAACACAUCUGCAACAAGUGUAGAUACUGCUGCCUUCUUGCAGAAACUGCUCCCUAUUUUAUCUCCAAUGGAGGAGUUUAGGUCUCAUUUUGCUGAUCAGUCAAGGGGUGCACAUACUGCAAGUAUGGACCAGUCAGUAGCAAAACAAAGUAAUGACAGCAUGGUUUCUUCAUUUCGUAAUCACGACAAGCCUUCAAGUAACACAARUAGAAAUUUAAUGUCAGAAAAUAGUCUUCUCAGAGAACACUUGGAUAGAGAAAAAUUCAAGAGAAAGCACUGUGAACAGCAGAUUCAGGAGCUUCAUUCUAAGAUGCUCGAGAUUCAGCAAGAACUUGCUGUUGCAGUAUCAUCAGAAAGAAAGAAAGAUGUCAUGAUAGAACAACUGGACAAGACUCUUGCUAAAGUUGUUGAAGGAUGGAAAAAACAUGARAAUGAAAAGCUGAUUGUAAUCAACACACUAAAACAGGAAAGAGAGAUGCAGGACCAGGCUCAUCAGAAGCAGCAAGAGAUGCUGCUUCAAUUUGAAAAAGAGUUGGAAAAGGCUGUUGAAGCUUUCACAAAAGAACAAGAAAAAGCAUCUGAAGCAGAAAGACAAAAGCAGGAAGUUAUUGAAAAGCAAGUCAAAGAUAGAGAAGAAUUACUGCAGGUGCUAGGAAAAGAAAAAGAGAGAACGAAGAAAACAGAAGAUGAGAAGAUAGGUAUAGUACAAGAAAAGGAACAAGCACAGCAGAAGUACAUGGAGGCACAAAGACAAAUUGAAGAGCUUUCUGAGAAGAAUUUGAAAAUGCGUUCAGAGUUGAAAUUGUUAAGAGAGGAAUUUUCUGAUUCUUUAUCCACUGAAAAGAAAAAGAUAGAAGAAGAAAGAAAGUUCUACCAGCGCUUUAACCUGAKUGUAUAUUGUUAUCAGGAAAACAAAGACAAUGCAGCGKCUUUGCAAAAAGAAGYCAAAAGGCUUGAAAUGGAGCUAGAUACAACAAAYAGRGAAAAGGAGAGUUUAAAAAUGGAGAUGAGUUUGAUGCAAGCCAGACAUGAAGCAAGCAAGGCAAAAGAGGARACAGAAAGACAAGCAGAGCUAGAAAAGCAGAUGACACAAAGACUGGAAGAGCUGCAUCAACACAUGACUAAAUCAGAAGCRGAGAUGAGAGAAUCACAUCGUAAACAGGUACAGGAGAUUAGCAACAAACACAAGGAUGAGAUGCAUCAACAGUUGGAAAAGUUUCAUGAGGAAAUAAAAAAGAAAGACACAAAACUCAAAACUGCUUCUAAUGAAUAUGAAGAAAGAUUAACAGAAGCUCAAGACAAAAUAGCAUCAUUGASCAACCAACGACAGCAACUAGAAAAUCAGAGGCAAAAYUUAACCAUUCGCAUGCACCAAAUGAUGCAAGCGCACUGUGACGAAGCCUUGCGUCUUUUGUCAAGUAAUAGGGCAUCUCCUCCAGGAAAGCUAGUUGACAAGCUGAGUGAUUUCCCAUCAAAAAUAAGUCCAAAAGGAAUGGCAGCCAAUUUGCAAAGCUCUCCUACAUCAUCAGCAUUCACCAAUCCAUCAAGUCAUACUAACAGUUAUAUACAUCACACAUCCUACCAACCAACAAAUGCACCAACAAUGAAUUACCAUACCAGUAUACCUACCAARCACAUCACACCAAGUCACUAUAACUCACAUAMUGUCACAAAGCAUUCUAUGUCUACAAGSAAUCCAUCACAGAAUCAAGGAACAUUACUGAAAACCUCAAAUCCCAGUCAUGGUGACCAAAUACUAGAUCAUUCCAGACCUAGUUAUAUUGGAAGUCAAUCUUCAUUAGCUGCUCCGAUGCCAGUAGGGUACCCUAAUGGUUACCAGGGAAACAGUAUCUUUGGUAGUUAYCAUGAUGGGGAUAUGAAUGGAGAUGUGUCUCGAUCUGGAGUGGACUUUGUACCUUUGAAAACCAUUCAYGAUGACAAUGACACUGAAAGUGUCAUUAGUGCUUUACAUGGAUCACCAGAUUCUGGACCUUUGAAUGGGACAACUUUUCCAGAGGAAUAUCARUCCAAGGUGAUGUCAUCUGGUGGUAGUAAUGGGACUCUUCUUGAACAAGACCUUGAAGAAAGCCGAUUAUCAACMACAGCAGAUUCCCCCCAAUACGGGCUGCCCAUCAGAAAUCAAGGACAUGAAAUAUCAGACAAACUUCAUGAACAAGAACAACGACAAGCUGAACURAAUCACUAUGUGAAUAUGCUUUUGAAAAGAUCUCCAGGACAUGAUUUUCAAGAGGAAAUAGAGCARGUUUCUGGUGGCUUCWUGAAAAUUCCAAGUUCUUUGGGUGAAGCAAAUACAGAUGCUACUAAGACAAGCAUAAGAGGAAAUUAUUCUCAACCUGAUUAUAUUGGAUCUAAUUCAGUAACUAAAGACAUUUCAAAGCAAUCACAUCAUCAAGCUUUYACCAUGAUGACCAUUCCUGAAACAUUCAGCAUGCGCCCAUCACAAGUCCCACAUUCUCAGCCGUCUGCACAACCUCAAACUCCACCCAGAAGAGAUAAAGACCCGAUAGAUCUAGGCACAAGGGACACCCAUCAGCCUUCACUGACACCAAAACAGAUGAAGCAGUUAUCCAAACUACUCUCAUUGAUGUCUGAAGGGCAAACAGGAGUACAGGUUCCUUCAGCUGAACAAUUGUUUGGUGUCAUGAAGGAAAUGCAGAAAGGGUUAGUAGGGAAAUCAGGAGAAUCAAGAUCUCAAGAUGGUCAUCAAACUGGAAAACUAAAUACUCGUCCAACCAGCAGCAACCAUGUAAAGAGAAACCUUGAUACAAGUUUUCCUCUUAGAAAACAGAAACCUGUUGGCCCCUCAAGCAAUGUCAUACCUGAACAAUCUAUCAAAAGUGAUCAACCAAAACCAAAAGCUCCUAUGGUUGGAGGUCCACCUCAAAGAUCAACAACUGAUCAAGGUAUACCCCGGCACCAAGCACCAACCAAGGCAAGCAACAAACACAUACUAGCCAAGAAUGACAGACGGUCGCUACCACCCCAGACAGGCAAGCAGACAAAACCAUCAACUGCAUGGAGAUAACUUACUCAGUUUACAUAGUCAUGUAUCAGGUGGCAUCCAGAAAAGGAAAUAUCUUGACUUUCAAGGGUCAAAUGAAAGAACACAGAACCACAGAAUACCAACACAUUCUCUACAACAUCUUUUAUUACAUCACGCAGACCCACAUGUACAGUUUUAUAUGAAGGWAAUAUACUUGUUAAUACAUUACAUCCAUUUUACCAUGAAUGGAGGAUGGUAAUGAUGACUGACCACAAGUUUCAAAAUAACUAUGAUAUGAAGCAUGGUUUCAUUGUAAGUUAAGUUCCUGAUUGGAUAAGCAUGAGAACACACUUUAUUAUUUACACUGUAAUAGAUUUAUUCAAAUACGUUUACAAAAAAAUCUAUUUUUUAUACAAUUAUUCAUGCAUACAGUUCUACUUCAACUUUUCAUACUUUUGUAAAUAUUGUACAUAAAUACAUUAAAUUAUCACUUAGAGUCUAUUAUGAUCAUCAAAGCCUGUAACUUGACUGUAUUGUACAUGGCAGAGUGUGAUGUAUUGGAUAUAAGAGACAAGGUUAUUCAAACAACUUAAAACUAUUAAUAAAAUCAAUUCCCAAAUG